AUGGCGCUGCGAGAGAAAGGAGCCACCACCGGGAUUCCGUACUGGGACUGGACUCGAACCAUCCGUGCGCUUCCUUCUCUUGUGGCCGAAUCGGGAGACAACUCUUUCUUCGGCUACCACAUCAGACAAGCCAACAAAGACACCGUGCGCGACCCGCAAGAAGACCUGUAUGUUGCGUCCAGAGGAACAAGGAACAUCCUUUUUGAUAUGACGCUGUUGGCCUUAGAGGAAGUCAACUUCUGUGACUUCCUGGUGCAGGUGGAUCUGCUGCACGUGCGACUUCAUGCACUGGUGGGCGGGAAGGAGCCCUUCUCCAUGGCGACGCUGGAGCACGCUGCCUUUGACCCCCUCUUCUGGCUGCACACCGCCAACGUAGACCGUUUGUGGCAGGCCUGGCAAGAGCUGCAGAAGCUGCGACGCAAGUCCUACCAUUCGGGCAGCUGCGCCAGAGUCACGGAGGACACCCCCAUGCUGCCUUUCUCUUCGGAGACCUUGAACCCUAACCCAGUAACCCACGCCAACGCUCGACCCGUGCAGUUGGUGGAGAUUGACAAGUUCCGCUACAGCUACGACCACCUCGACUUUAACAGGCGCAGUGUGUCCGAGCUCCUGGAGGCCACCCAGUCGCUGAGGGUGAAAGACCGUCUGUUUGCCGCCUUCCUGCUGUCCGGAGUGCACACCAGCGCGCGCCUUCACGUGACUUUGCAGACCGGAAGCGGCGAAGGAGCGGUGGAGGUGGGGAGCAUCUACCUCCUUGGCGGACUUUCGGAGAGAAGAUGGGCCCACGAGCGCGCGUACAAGCUCGACGUCACGGAAGCAGCUGCCCGCCUGGAGCUGGACCCGUACUCCACGUUCGACUUCAACGUCUCGCUGUUCGACUACAAAGGGCAGCCUUUGCCGUACACGCUGCCAUACCCCCUCGUGCUCUAUCGGCCGGCUAGUGUAGACUUCGAUGUACUUGUCUAUCCCAUGUACGUGGAUAAGGCUCUGCCACCAAAGGUGACUGUGAGGCGCGGUACCAAGAUACGCUUCCACGCCGCAGACCCAUCUCUGCAAGGGCGGAGGAUUCGAACCUUCGGUAGCUACACUCUCUUCAUCAAGUGCGAAGCGUUGCCUGGCGACGCUGAUACCCUUUCUCUGGACGUCACAUACUCGCUGAACCCCGGAGAAUAUUACCUGGCGCUCGAUGGGGACCUGCCUGGGAAGUGCCUGGAGGCCGGGAGAACCAUUCUAGUCAUAGACGAGGAGUAG